AUGAAGUAUUUAACUUUCGAUGUUGAUAAACAAAAAACUCUUACUGUCAGAGUGCUUGAUAAAGAUUUAAUCAAGGAUGAUAAACUUGGAGAAGCAAAAGUUAAUUUGCAUGAUGCUAUUACUAAAGGUUAUUCGGAUACUUGGGUUAAAUUAGGACAAAAGAAAGGUGAAAUUCACUUGAUCUUGGAAUUCGCUUAUUAA